GCCAUAGAUGGCGAUAUACACUCGCAAUUGCACGACAUCAAACGAAGCAAUCCGGUUGGCUGCCGGGGUCAAAAACACGAUGGAAUAGGAAGGUUCCGCGAAGCCAAUUCUUGGGAGCGGGGAAGCAAUCGGAUCUUUCUUUUACACCCGAUUGUAUAACGUUCAAGAUAAACGAAUAUAAAACACCAGCUUUAACAACCAGUAUCUCACAUCCUAACCUAGGUACUUAUCCACCCUCAUCCCAAAAUAGCUAGAAACAAUGAAAAGCCUCCUCCAAACCAGCACCCUGGCCCUCCUCGCCCAAGCCUCCCUCGUCCUAGCGGCCCGCCCCACCCUCCCGCGCCAGGACUCGCCGUACGUGGGGCCGGAAAACGGAACGCUCGUGAUAAUCGGGGGCAAUGCCCAGGACGACGCCAUAUACCAGCGGAUCAUCGACCUAGCGGGAGGUCCAGAUGCGCCCAUAAUAACGAUCCCGACCGCGGACGGGGCGCCGACCUACGACGACAACGCCGCGUCCGCGAGCACCUUCCGCCGGCUCGGCGCUACGAACGUCACGGUACUGCACACAUACGACCCGAAGGUCGCCGACACGGAGGAGUUCGCAGCGCCGCUGCGCACGGCGAAGGGUGUGUUUUUCGGGGGAGGGAGGCAGUGGCGUCUCGUUGACGCGUAUGCGGGGACCCUUACCGAGCAGUUAUUCCACGAUGUGCUUAGUCGCGGGGGAGUUGUGAGCGGAAGUUCUGCCGGGGCUUCGAUCCAGGGGAGUUUCUUGGCGCGAGGAGACACAGCUACGAAUCAGAUCUUAGUGGGGGAUCAUACGGUUGGGUUUGGGUUUCUGAAGAACGCGGCUAUUGAUCAGCAUGUGCUUGUGCGUGGUCGCCAGUUCGAUAUGUUCGAUAUUCUUAAGGUACAGCCGGAGCUAUUGGGUAUUGCUAUCGAUGAGAACACUGCUCUCAUUGUGUCGAAGAACGAUGCGGAGGUGUACCGCGGCACGUAUGUGAUUAUUUACGAUGGCGGGUUUUGGUCGAGGGAGGGGAGUGAGCUGAAGCAUCUUCCGGAUAGCUCGUCUAUUUUCUACUUCCUUAGAAAUGGGGACAAGUACGAUCUGGGAAAGCGGCAAGUGGUGUUCUAACUGUUAGGUGCGUACUAAGAUAU